AGGUGAUGAAGGGAAGGCUUGAUGCUCACGGCAGACAGUCAGCUUCUGGUCUCCUGAAUCUCACAUCCAUGGAUUCCUAUAUAGGAUCUCUCGAGGCAACAGGUGGUGAUCACAUCAGUCACACCAACACGGAAGAGGACAUCCUUUGUGGAACCGCACGGACUCAAGAUGUCAAGUCGGAUUCGUCCACUUUUGAAGACGAAGACGAAGACACGUCAGACGAAUCCUCAGACGAAGAGCACGCAAGCCACAGACGGAGCAAGGGCAAACUGGCAAAUCCCGACCCAGUCCUUCUCAAAGAGCUUGAGGAGACCAAGAGAGCUGUAGAGGAAGUGCGAGAUGCUCUUCGGGCACAAGAGAAGAGUAAAGCUGCCAACGACAAGAAAGACGACGAUCUCGAUAAGGACCUGGCUUACCUGGAUGCACGCAGGUUUAUCACCAUUAUCCCUGUGGGCAACAAAGGAAUGGAGCAACAACAUCAAGUGCCUGUCUCAAGUCAUGAGCUCAGCGACCAGCAAUCGGGGAAUCUAAGUAGAAAAUCUCAAGGCACGGGAACAGCAACUAGGUCACGGAGGUCCAACUACUCUGUUAGCUUUAAGACUGAGCUUACUGAAGAAGGGAGUGGUGCUUACUCGGAUGACAACACUGACAAUGAAGAACAAUGGGAACCAAAUCAGGCAUCAGGGGAGUCCAGCCUGGCCCAGUCCUACAACCAGAGUGAAAUGUCAGCCCUGCAGCAACUGGACGAGGCGAUGGCAGACGAGACGUCCGAUGCAGACGCGUCCCCGAGGGGUGGCGCUGUGGAGAAAUCAUCUUCGAUAGUUGUUGAAGCGAAGAAACUUAGUGACACUGACAGAAGAAACCACGCGGAGGAGAGCAUUAGGAACGGCCCUCCUCCGCCGCCACCUCCAGCGCCACCUUUACCCAGCAAAGAGUCAGGAAUGGAAGACUCGAACGCCUUAAGCGUCAAAAGGAUCAAUUGGGAGAAACUGGACAAUAGACGAAUCGAGAACACUGUCUGGGAAAAGCUUCAUUACCACGAGUUGAACGAAGUGAUUCGCAUUUUGGAGUUGGAGACACAAUUCAGCACUAAGCCCUCUCGCAAAAGUACGAAUAUACUCUUUCCUAGAUAUUGCUGAGGGGUGUGCAUCACCCCUUUUUAUGAUAAUUUAGAAUCACGAACAGAAAUGUCAUAUUCAAAAACAGGGGAGGAAUAAGAGUGGGCGGAGAAGGACAAGAACGAAGACAAGGAUA